GCGUGCGCCCUGGCCCGGCCUCCGCGGAGCCCCCGGCCCCCGGCCCCAGGCCCGGCCGCCGAGGCGCCGUCCUUCCGGAGGGCUCCGACCCAGGAGCCUUGUCCCCGUCCCCGCCCACCACCGUCCCCGGGACGCAACUCCCUUUGCCCUGGCCCAGCCUCCAGGAGUCGUGUCCACAAGUCCGGGGGCCCGGCGCGACAGGCGCCCAGCUCACUGGGGGGCGGUGGGGGGACGUCGCGAACCCCUUCCCCCAGGGGCGCUGGCGCCUCUGCCUGGCGGCCGGGGAGUCCGGGGGCGGAGGGCAGGCAGCAGCGCAGCGGUCGGACCGGCCGGGCGGCCGCGAGCCCAGCCCGCGGUGCGCGGGAGCGCGCUCCUCCCCGCCCGCCGCACAUGCCCGGACUGCGCCUGCCGCCGCGCCCCGGGCGCCAGACCGCGCGGCCGCCAUGGGGAAUGGGAUGAACAAGAUCCUGCCUGGCCUGUAUAUUGGCAACUUCAAAGAUGCCAGAGAUGCAGAGCAAUUGAGCAAGAACAAGGUGACGCACAUCCUGUCUGUGCACGACAGCGCCAGGCCGAUGCUGGAGGGGGUUAAAUACCUGUGCAUUCCAGCAGCGGAUUCACCAUCUCAAAACCUGACGCGACAUUUCAAAGAAAGUAUUAAAUUCAUCCAUGAGUGCCGCCUCCAGGGCGAGGGCUGCCUGGUUCACUGCCUGGCGGGCGUCUCCAGGAGCGUGACCCUGGUGGUCGCCUAUAUCAUGACGGUCACCGACUUUGGCUGGGAGGACGCCCUGCACACCGUGCGCGCAGGCCGGUCGUGUGCCAACCCCAACCUGGGCUUCCAGAAGCAGCUGCAGGAGUUUGAGGAGCUCCAGGUCCACCAGUUCCGCCAGUGGCUGAGGGAGGAGUACGGCGAGAGCCCGCUGCGGGACGCCGAGGAGGCCAGGCGCAUUCUGGCUGCCCCAGGCAUUCCGAAGUCCUGGCCCUUUCUCGGAAGACCAUAGCGCACCUGAGACACUGCCAGAGCUUAGGUGCUGCCGGAAGAAGAGCAACCAGAGUCCAGCUUAGGUGUCCAGACGCCGUGUGCGAGCACGCACUUCGUUGCUCCACGCUGGGAGCUACGCACCCUCUUUGACAGGAGAACAAUUUUGGCCUAAUUCCUUGUUUGCUGGAAGCUGUGCUGCCCCCAGGCUGUCUCAGGGCCCUGCCGGGCGCACCCUGCUCCUCGGGACUGUCUCUCGGGCUGUGUGGCCCCAGGCACCUCCCCAUCCUCAGCCCAGGUAUGGAGCCCACAUGCUCCUGCCACGGGCACCACGAGGCGGGUUUGGGGGCUGCUCUGCUGUGUUAAGGCCACUGCCCUCCUCCAGAAGGGAGUGUGCUGGCACCAGGAGACGAGGGCUCCCUUCCCUGAGCAGCGGGUGCCCUGUGAGCAGGGGGACAUUGGAGAGGGGGUGCGCCGGGCUCCUCAGGGACUUCCCCUCAUUCCAAGCUCAGCUUCAAUCCAAGAAUGUUAACUGGUGUGGACAGCAGUUUAAGACAGUUUCCCAGUGUUUUCUCAUCUAACUAGCGGGGGGUAGGGGGCGCGGGGGUUGGGUGGAAGGAAAUGUGAUUUUUGCUUAAAGGAGAGGUUUGGCUAAAUGGAGGCAAUUGAGGGCUCGUUGGCUGAGGGAGGCUUGGCCCUUGCCCUGAGUGUCCAAGGCCGACGCGCUCCUGCCACGGGCUCAGAGAGCACCCUGUGCCGGAGCAGGCCUGAUAGGUGUGGGAUGAUGGGUGUUAAAAAUGCUAAUUCUGACUCGGCAGGCCUGCCCGGGGGACGCACAGGUGGUCCCUGUGUAGCUGCUGGGCCUUGAGGCCUGAGGGUCCCUUGGGACCCACCUGUGGGUGAGGGCAGGGGCAGAGCCUCGGAAGACCCGGGCUGAGCACAGGGCGUGAGGAAACAGCGGCAGGAUGGCUCCUGUUGGGACCCCGCUGCUCGUGGCGCCAACAACAGCCGCCUAGUGACUGGUGCUCUGCAGGUCACACACUGCCCCGUGAAGCUUGUAAACCACAGAGCAGAUAUUUCAUUCACUCGAGGCUCAGAGAGGCCAAGGAACUCACCGGAAACUGCAGAUCUUAGUGCGCUUUGCCUGAGCCUGGUCUUCUUGUCCUGAGUCAGUGUCAGGGUGAGCGGGAGGAGGGAGCAGUGCCCCAACCCUCAGUCUCAGGGGCUUGUGAGGCUGGCCCAGGGCCCAGGGGAGCUGGCAGCCCCGUGUUCACUCUGAGCACAGCUUCCUGCCUGCUCCCCCAGCCUCUAAGGGGGGUGGUUUGGGGCGUGGUAGGUGGUAGGCAAUUCCUGUCCUCACCAAACCUCAUAGACAUUUCCACUGGGAUGGUGUUGACCACACUUAAAUGUUAGAGGUAGAGGCCCUUCUCCAUUGAAGCCCAGACAGGUAUUUAGUUUACAUGGAAGGGGAAGGUGACCCAACCUGCCUCAAGGCGGAGCAGGUCGUGGCCCUGGCAGCUUCCUUAGGCUCUCUUUUCUGUGAUUUCCUCCAAACGCAGGUAUGUCCAGCCUGGUCUCGGAACUGUGGCUGCUUCUCUUUGUUCAGUCUCUUGCUGGUUCGCUUGAGAAAUGCUUGUCCAUCCCGGUAGGCAGGAUGCACAGACCCUCCCUGAGUCUCAGAAACAAAGGCUGGUGGUGCUGACAGUUGGGAAGCCCGCCAUGAGCACUAGUGUAGGUGCUCCUGGCGCUCCGUUUGGGAGGAAACAGGCCAUCCCGGCGCAGGGUGAGGGUCGUGUCCUGGGAAGGCGUCCCAGAAACGGAGGCUGGAGCCCAGGUGCGGGAGUGGCUGCACGGGGGAGGGGAGUCUGGCGGGGCCAGCACAUACGCAGGAGAGAAGGCUCAGCCACUGUGUGGCAUGCGCGGUGGUGACGGGGCAGACGCAGGCCCAGGCUCUCCGUCUGCAUGGUGCUGCCAUAUAGCGACUCAAUGAGCCCUGGAGCUGCAGGUCCGGUCCCAACAUGGAGCCUUGUGAGCCUGUGGACGCCGUCCUGUGGACGCUGCGGGGGGCUUGCCAGGCGUUCUGGGCAAGCAGGCACUGUGAUGGGUGUGGGGGAGGGUGGACAGGCCACGGUGGGGACUGCUCAGGGGGCCGCUAUCACGGCUGUCCAGGUGAUCGUCACAGCCCAGGGCGGGGCUGUGGGUGGAGAUGAACAGGCCCAAGGGAGCCAGGGGGCUUAGGGAGGCUGAGGGUGGGCAGCUGCUCCGGGGCUGGGCCUCUGGGUCAGCCCUCUGGGUCGGCCUCUUCCGCAGUGGCCUCUACCUCGUUGAGGGCAGACUGAAUGGGGCUGCCAGCCUGAGGGGUCGGCGGGGCUGCCCCCGCUGCGACCCAGCUUUGCAGACGAGGUGCUCAAGUCUGUCCAUGAACCUGGAACUGACUCCCAGGAGCUAGACUUGUGAUGAUUAACAUCCAAUUUAGAUAUCCAAUUUAUUAAUUUAUUGUGAAAGAGAAAAUACUGGGUUAAUAAAGACUAAUUUUACCCCCUAACUAGGUUGUCUUUCAUUACCGGAUUUUUGGGAGCCAGUGUGCUCUACACCUUAACAGACACGAUGCUCUAAGUUAAAUAUAUCUCAAUAAAGCUGAGAAAAAGAGUAAAGCGUCUUGUGAACUGGUCCUGAGACAUCACCCUGCCCUCCUGAUGUG